CCUUGGGCGUUAAAUAUCCUGCAGCGAUGUUCCGGCUCAUGUAGCCAUAAUGGAAGCCUGCGGCAGGAGUCCUGCGUUUUUGAGCAAAGCCCUCGGGGCCGGUAACCCGUCAGCGCUGUUACCCACGCACAUCGCACUGCAGUCGGUGUAUCGCAGUGCUCCCUCCGUUUAAAGCAAUGGGCUACUUUUGGUAGAGCCUGGUACCUCCUCGAUGCGAAGAUGCAGCCCCCAGGAAAAAUAGCAGCUGCCACUGUAAUCAGACUGGAAGGCAAACAUAAACCUAUUUAUCAUGCACUAAAUGACUGUGGAGAUCAUGUUGUCAUAAUAAAUACAAGACAUAUUGCCUUCUCUGGUAACAAAUGGGAACAGAAAGUGUAUUCUUCACAUUCUGGUUAUCCUGGUGGUUUCAAGCAAGUGACAGCAACUCAGCUCCAUUUAAAGGAUCCAACUGCUAUUGUUAAACUGACUGUUUAUAGAAUGCUUCCAAAAAACCUUCAGAGAAGAACUCUGAUGCAGAGGCUACACCUGUUCCCUGAAGAUGUUAUUCCAGAAGAUAUAGAGAAGAACCUUCUACAGGAGAUUCCUCAGCCACGUGCAGUCCCCAAGAGGUUAGAUGAAUAUACACCAGAAGAAAUUGCUGCCUUUCCGAAGGUUUGGACUCCACCUAAAGAUUUUCGAAGGAAGUAAUAAGAAUGAAAGAAGUGCCGUCAGGAGUGUCUCUCCUCCCUCAAAGAAAAUUCUUCUAAUAUGGAAGCAUCUGUGCAGCUCAGUCAACCCUUCUAUGCUAAAUGUUUCUGACAGGUGUUAGCAAAUUUGACUCGGUAAGGUUAUAGAAAUUCCUAUAUUUGAAACAGCUAAGAUUAGGUAUUAUCUUGUUAAUGCCGUCUGUACUCUGCAUUGUAUGAUCUGGUAUUUUUUAUUGACAUUUGAUUUGAUACUGUUAUUAAAGAAUUAAUACCUUUA